CGAGCCGAGGAGGGGAUCGGGCAGCAGGGUUUACCCAUGGCACAAGAGGUCCACCGAAUUGGGCCUGCCGUUGACAUUUCAGGGCUUUUUCCUCCACCGAGCACCGAAACUUUCCCGUUGUCACUUGCCAGCACGACAUAGUUGCCGUACUGCUCCCCCUCCAACUCGAUCACACAAAUAGAAUGGAGUGGUCAAGCACCGCUAGGAAGUGCUCCAGCUAAAGCCAUCAAUCCGUCCAUUCAUUCGUCUGCUGCACGCAAACAAGUGUGCGAAUCCUUCCGGCAGCAGCCGGCCAUGGCCACCACAAACACGGGGCGGCGACACCCACUUGUCGUCCUCUCUUUGCACCUCGCCGUCGUAGGUGCUUUCUCCAUGGUCACCGCGCAGGCGCCUCCGCCGCCACAGCUGCAGUUUCUCACGACGACUGCCGGCCGUACCGUGCCUACUACCUUCAUCACCAUCGCCAUCAUCGCCUUCUUCGUCCUCGUCUUUUUCUGCGUCCUCUUCAACAAGUGGAGCAGCAGCUCCGCUGACGCGGACGCCAGCGCCGGAGCACGUCAGGGGUCCAUCAGGCGACGCAGGCGGGGACUCGACCCAGCGGCGGUAGCCGCGCUCCCGAUCGUGCCGUACGCGGAGAUCAGGAAGCACAAGAGCGGCGGCGGCGGGCUGGAGUGCGCCGUGUGCCUCACCGCGUUCGACGACGGUGACGAGCUCCGGCUGCUGCCGCAGUGCUCCCACGCCUUCCACCCGGACUGCAUCGACCCCUGGCUCGAGGGCCACGUUACCUGCCCACUGUGCCGCGCCAACCUCGAGAACCCUGCGCCGCCGGUGGUGCCGCUUUCUUCGCCUGAGACGAAGCCGGAGACGUCGGAGGCCGUCGCUGUGCGGGUGGAUGUGGAGAACGACGAGGAGGAGAGGAGGGAGGAGGCCGUGGAGCUCGAGAAGCUGCGCUGCGUGCGGCGCGCGGCAAGGAUGCCGCGGUCGCGCUCGACGGGGCACUCGAUGCCCACGACGGCAGCGGCUGAGAUGGGAGAGCACGAGAGGUUCACGGUGCGGUUGCCACCGCACGUCCGGGAGGAGGUGCUCAAGUCGAGGCGGCUGCGGCACGCAACCAGCCUCGUCGUCAGCCUAGGCGGCGCCUCGAACUGCGAGGGGAGCUCGACGUGUGCAGGUGGUGGUGGGAGAUGUCACGUCGCACGGCGCCGUUGGCCGUCCUUCUUGGCCAGGACGACGUCGUGGGCACAGGGCGGUGGGGAAGAGUCGGCGCGGAGAGGAGGCGUGGGACCCGAGGCGGUCGCAAGAAGACCGCCAUGCGGUCAUGUGGUAUGCUCCACGGCGCGGUGGCCGGCCCAGUGCAAAGCCGGGAAUUUGGCUUGACUUUGUUUUUUUAUCAUUUUUAGUCUCUCUCUCUCUCUCCCACGAAUUGCUCGAGGGGAUGGUCUCUCUCUGUAUUUGAGUUUGCCCUUUUUUAUGGAAGAAUUGUUUGUGUGUGGCUUGACUUUGUAGAAAAAUCGGAGCCUCUCUACAUCGCCGGGGCGGCAUGAAACAUAGCGUACGAAAUUGCUUAUGUAAUUGCUUCUCUCCACCCCACCGUCAUAGGUGCUAUCACCAUGGUCACCGCGUAGGCG